AUGCCAUUAUGUUCCCUGAAUCGUUUUCUUUGGACCUUCUAUUCCAAUCUCCCGCUGGCUCCCAUCUAUUUUCCGAUCUCCCACACCCCGCCUCCAGUUCUCCACCGGCGUGCGCCCUCCAGGCCUCCAUCAGCCUCGCUCCUCCUACCAGCACCGCACCUCCAGCGCCCACCUUCUAGUCCUCCUACCGGUGCCGCACCUGCAUCCCUCCAGCCGGCAGGAGGUCUCCAGCCGUCGCCCGCUGUACAGCCCUCCGCCCCUCCCACCGGUGCCUGCCCUCCACCCCUCCCGCUAAUGCCCACCCUCCGCCCCUCCCGCCAGUGCCUGCCCUCCGCCCCUCCCGCUAAUGCCCACCCUCCGCACCUCCCGCCUGUGCCCGCCCUUCGCACCUCCCGCCGGCGCCCACCUUCCACACCUGCUGCCGGCGGCCGCCCUCUAGCCCUUCCAGCCGAUGCUCACCUCCAGCUGCCACUCACCUCCAACCGGUGCUCACCUCACCUCCAGCCGCCGCUCACCUCCAGCCGGUGCUCACCUCCAGCCGAUGCUCACCUCCAGCCGCUCACCUCCAGCUAG